AACCAUUGACGAGAGGGUUCCACGGCAGCCGGAGUGGACCGUUCGUUUCAAAAGUGACGCGCUCGUUGGUUGCUGCACAACGCAUCGUUCCGUUCGUUCCCGUUCGUCGUUUGUGAGCUAUACGUGGAGGAAAAGGGCAGAAUUUUUUCUUCUGUUUUUUCUUUGUCGGAAGCGAAUUCGGAUUGAGUUAUUCUAUGUCCGCUUUGGACCCCAGGUUCUAAGGAGGUGUUGAAAUUGUGUAAUUGAAUUUAGCGAUUGAUUUGGGUUCGAAUUGCGCGCAAUUUUUUAAGUUCGAACCCUGUGAGUGGUGUCCAUUUUGGAGGGUGACUAGGAGCCAUAAUCGAUAAUCCACUGAAGGAGGGAUUCUUUAUGGAGUGGAGAGAAGUUUUGCAUGGUUGAGCGGAUAGAAGUGGAAGAUCUAUCCGCCAUAGGAAACUAGUGUUAGUUGAUCCGGAAUUGAUAGAGGAUACCCAGUGUUCUACCGGAAUUGCGGUGAAAACAAAAGUGCGCGCCUUGCUGAGCCUGAUAAUCGCGUUCAGUUGAGGAGUGCGAAGCGAAUAGGAAGAAGACGGCCACGACUAGAUUGCAUCAUUAAUACGUUGAAUCACACGUUUGCUAGCGUAAUUUGUGAGGCGUAGAUAAUAUCGUUAUCAUAACGGAAGAUUUGUUAGUGACGACAGAAAAGCAAACAUUCCUACAUCGGAGGGAUUUAAUCGGAGUAUGGAUUUUUAAUCGUUGGCGCGAAAACAAGUGUUAUAGAAAUCGAUGAGAGCCGAUUGCCUCGCUAUGGAUAACUUUAAUGGGGCUGCGAUUAGUUUAGUGAGUGAAUAAGUGACACUGGCUUAGUGUGUUAAGGCGGUAGUUUUAUUGUUGGUUGAAAUAGUUCAACUAUUUGUUUUUGGUGAUAUAAAUAGGCUGACAAAAUGUCGGUUCAAGCGAAGCGUCAACAUUGUUACUUGUGCGAUUUGCCCCGGAUGCCGUGGGCCAUGAUUCACGACUUCACGGAAGCCGUGUGUCGAGGAUGUGUGAACUACGAGGGAGCUGACCGGAUCGAGCUGGUUCUGGAUACGGCUCGACAGAUGAAACGAAUCCAUGCCAGUGGUGGCGGCGGUGGCGGAAGUGGCAGUGGAUCAGCUGGAGGUGGCAGCAGUGGCGGCAAACGUGGUGGUGGCCAUGAAAAUGGGGAAAUGCCACCGCAUCGGUCCGUUCCACAGGCCCACCAUCACUACUCGGUGCGUGCCGGGCCCAACGGGCCGACGCUAGUUGAUUUCACACCGAAACACGAGCCACACGACAUUAGCGGCGGUGUCCGUCCGGGGGCCCGCCUCCAGCAGCAUAUUCCGCCACAUCACAUGCCACCGCACCCCAACAGACAACAGCAGGUACCGCCGGCACUUUCGGUCAAUUUGAAACGACCACCGCCGGAGGAUGACGAGCACGGUCCAAUGGAUGGGCCGACGGGCAGUGCCAAACGUGGUGCCGAGGAUCCCUCGGUGGCCAUUCAGCAGCGACCGCCGCUGACGCGAGGCGAAUCCCUGCCGGCGGUACCGUUCGUUCCGGAUCGGCAGCCAAGCUACAAGGACAAGCACCCGGUGCGGACAGCAUCCUUCGACACAGCCACCUUCAAACCGACCGCUACUGACCUCAAACGGUGGAUAUUACCUAAUGUAGCACCGAACGACUAUGUUGCAACAAUGAAUUCAGGUAUUUCAAACGAAAUGUCUCCCACCUAGAUGCGCGUGCUAACUGUCCAGCUUUUUUUUAUUCGCUACUGACAAGCUAUCCGGCAUUAUUCAGUUACGCUUUUCAAUAUACCUCUCUAGAGUACCUUCACUGAAUUGUGUUGGGCCCCACUGCAAUGCAAUUCGCGCGGAGGUUUUGUAUUAUACGUGUGCAUGAUCUUAGCCAGUUGUAGUGUGAAUGUUCUAAAAUGUGCCUUUAGUAAUCGAAAAUUUCAUAGUCCUUCUUUAUGAUUCAUCCUGAAACCAGUUGAAAAAAUAUCACAUAAAAGUUUAAAAAUUGUUAUUAAUCGCCAUGUGGAACGAAAUGUGUGCUUGUAUCUGAAAAGUGCUCCCCAAAAUUCAUCUCCCUGAAACAAAUUAAGCCAAUAAAAUUGAUUUAUAGGGCGCCGAAAACUGCCACAUCCACUCUCAAGUAAUACCGGAAAAUAUUGCCUGCGGAUAUUGCCUUUCAGCUCAGUGAACAUUCUUUGGGAAACAUGGUUCCAUAUUUUAGGUGCCUCCACUUCAUCUUUUCAUAAUGUUUCCAAAGAAAAACAUACGUCGCACUUUUUUCCUAGAUUGUCCGCCGUCCCAUUCAUUAUGAACGCGGAUGAUUAAUAAUAUACUCUUCGUCUUUUUUCUCUCGCAAAUAUCUGGUGCACCCGUAUUCGCUGCCAUUCUAAAAUCGAAAAACGGUGGAUUUGACAGUACGUACAAUACCGAAAAAAAACUCCGCCAGAAGGCCAUAAUGAAUGGAGAAAAAAAAGAGUGCUUUUUUCAUCAGGGAAGAAAGAACAUUCCUAUAUUGUAAGCUACUCGAAGCUGCCACAUAUAAUGUAUUCCACCAACAACACGCUUCAUACAUAUUCGCGUCGCUGUUUUAUCACCCAUUUUAUCACGAUCGAACCGUAUGAAAAAAAAAGCAUAGAAAGGAAAACAUUAAAUUUGCUACCACACCACUACAAGUUCCCUCGUGUCGAGGCUAUCGACAUUUUUUGUUCGAGUUGGAUUCUUGUAGAAUCGACGUUUCUGCUGUGUGUAUGUGGGUAAAACAUGGAGUAAUUUAUCUCCGGAGAGAUUGAACUUCUCUUAUGCCUGGUUUACAUGGUACAAGUGACUUGAUUAAAGUCAAUGAAAAGUGUCCAAUUGAAUGCGAACUGAACGUGUAAACACCACCGUUCUUCUCACUUGAGUAACUGACUUGACUUGAACGAAAGUUGAACAUGUUGAACUUUUUCAUUCAAGUCAAACGAAAUCAUCUCACUUGCCCUGUCUAAACACGCGAUUUAUUUGAGUUGAAUUCAAGUCAACUGUCAAACGAAAUGAAUGCAAUUCAGGUUGCUUACACACCGCACGACUUGAACAAUGUAAACACUUUCUUCGACUGAGAUGCAUUCAAGAGCAUGCAAGUGGACACUCAUGUCGUUUGCUUAGUCUAAACACGUCAUUCCAUUGGAUUGAACAUGCUUGAGAAGUUUGCAAGUCAAAUGCUCAUUUGAAUUGAACAGUCUAAACCAGGCAUUAUGGAAUGCCUUCCGCACAGAUUACAAAAAAAACAUUAGUUUGAGUCAGUGCUGUUAAAUGUCAUUACUAAUAUACAUACUCACUAGGGCACAGUUUCAUCGGCAUGAACCUGUUUCGGUAACAAUUUUCGGACUAGGUACACUAAGUAAAUUAGAGUAGCUACAUGAUUAAUACCUAUUACGCUUAGGAGGGUUCUUCGGGGCUCUACGUUCCCACUGCUUAGUACACGUUGGACGAAAAAUUCAAUCUAUAACAAUAAUUUCAAUAUUCAGACACGAUAGAAAUCGCUCUACAUUCAGUGAUUUUAAUAUUUUUUUAUUCAAUUCGACUUGAAGUGGUACGUGACUUCAGAUUACACGGUACGCUUUUAAAUUUGAGGAAAUGAUAUCGUACAUCAUAAAAUCGUCUGAAUUUACAUAUUUCUACUCCGUUAUGUUUCUUAAGGGUUAUUCUCCACCCCGCUAAUGUGACUAAGAAUACAAAGUAGCUACUUUCAUUGUUUCGCAACACUUCACCAUUGAUUGCUGUAUGGGUACCUAUCGAAAUACCUGGCAAUUCGAGCUAUUUAGUGAUUGUUAUCAAGCAAAUCAACGGGUGUAUAUUGUAAGAUUCAUGAUGAAUAUCUUCCAAGAUCCCUGUCACAUCCUUUUUCCCUUGGAUCUGGCUGGACGUUUUUUAUUGAUGUUCGGAAGAUGUAUUCCAAGAUUCUUAUUGAGACGGUCCUAGUUCCUAGAGACGGCCUUUCAGGGUGGAUAUCUAGUGAGAUCUGCUAUUCUAGCAAAAUCUAGGCAUCGACGGAAUUCGGGCGAACUCUUCGGUAGAAAUUUUUUCACCAAAAAUUUUGAGUUCAUGGCAAGUGUAGUGGAUUACUUCUAAUACCUUCUGUGAAUCAAGAUCCGUGAUGGACUUUCUCUUCGCAUUGUUGAAUGACUCUUCUGGGAAAUAUCUAUGACGUGUGUUUCUUCGAAGAUCCUUGCAAGAUUGGCCGAUAUUUGUCGUGAUUUUUAUCAUAUUUUUUCUGCUAUAUCUGCAUAAAUUUAUCAUGAAUGUCUAUGUGGUUUUCCCGAGUUGAAUAGAAGGCUCGAUUGAAGGUUCCCGGUUUAGUUUUAACAUACAUAUCAAUAGACUCUAAUGAUACCUUUGAGCGUUACCGUUGAAAUCAUUGUCUAGUUCUGGAAGAAUUUCUGAAAAUAUCUUAAACCAAAUUCUCGACAAGUUCUUCAGUGAGCUAUUACCAAGAUUUAUUGUAAGAGCUAUUGCGAAGUCUUCAUGGAAUUCUUGAUUGGCUAUCAUCUGCAGCAGAUUACUGACCAAACCACGGAAUUAUUGUGAGAUCCUAUCGUAGAUUCUUCCGCAAUUAGUUUGUAUAUUUCUGUCAAGAUUAUUGGCAUAUUUCUCCAGAAAUCUUUGAUAUGAUUAUGGCGUGUUUCGUUAUAAAACUGGAACACCAUUAAUGUGUUGAUCAGAUCUCACCAUCAAACAGUAAAUAGUGUCGUCUAAUUCUUUUUCUAGUAAAAAGAAAAUCGAGUUAAAUACUGUUCUGUUUAAUUCCAAUUAUGUGUUUGCAUUCUAUGACAGAUACUUGUUCCGACCUCAACUGUAAGGUCGUCCUCAGUGUCUCGUACUUGAGCCGAAUCCAGUAAGAAACUCAGAAGAUGACCUUUCUUCCACUAUAGCAAACCCAGGUUUAUCAUCUCUUCAGUUUUAUAAAGUUAUGGUAAAUGAUGGGUAUUUCUUCAACGACAACGCUCAAGACCUUUUUUUACCUUCCAGGCGAUAACAAGUUUAAUUUUCUUCAGAAAUGUGUGCAGACAAAAGAAAUUAGGCAUCUUGGUGUACAAUUCAAAAUUGGCAUAUAAAAUUCAGAGGCACUUAUCUGAUGAAUUAAACUACACAGCGUACAUGUUUAUACUGGUACAAACUGGAGUUUUGAUAUUUAUUUUGUUGGUUAUAUAAAUGAAUUUCAGGUGCAAUACUUUCAGGGUAAAAAUCUUGUAAGCUAACUGGUGGAAUCCUCAAAAAAAAAAAAUCCAGAUGAAUUCCAUUAGGUAUGCCCGGAAAAAUUCUUGAUUGAAGGCUUUGGGCCAUUUCUAUGGAUACCUUGUAUGUUGGCUAGAAAGUGACUUUACUACAGUGCCGAGCUUAUAGUAGAGCACCAUCUUCGUCGGUCUUGGACAACGUUUGUCGCCUUUUUCGGAACGUUUGGGGUUCCCUUUCCAUAUCUUCUUCAACUGCUUGCAGACAAAAAUUCCUCCGGGGAUUCUUCCGAGAAUUCCUCUUGGUAACUAUUCAGGAAUUGCAGAACUUUUUCUAUGAAUUUCUACAUGAAUUCCUCUAUGGGUGUAUUCAGGCAUUUGUACCUUGUUGUUCGUUUAUUUUCGACACUUGAAACCAUGGUGCAUUCGUGUCACAUCUUAAAUACUAUAAUUUCAUUAUACAACCAAUUCUUAAUCCUUGUUUCUACUAUUGUAUUUGAAAAUCAUCUCCUCAUCUACAGUACCUACAAUAUUCCAUGAUUAUUUACGUUUAGCUUAAAGUUGCUUAAAUAAUCCAGUAUUGUGUUGUUCUUUGCCGAGUAUUGUGUUGUUCUUUACAGAGAAGAACAUUUAUCAAGACAAUUAGAUGAUCGGCAUUGAAUCACAAAAACCCCACAACAAUUGGUGAGAUCUUUCCAAUAUUAUUUAUUUAUAAAUAUUUCUAUUUCAGUAUAUUUACUUUAUAACUGCAUAUAAGUUGAAAAUUCGCUAUUUUCAACAUCCUUUCAUCUAUUGGAAGAUGCUUCAGUUCUGGGUUCUUUCUAAGUUGAUGAAGGGAUUUAUAAAUGCUUGCAAGGACUUGGCCAGGUGUGUGGAGCUGAGUGAAUCUAUGACAUUGUAGAUAGUAGCGACAUCAGCAAUGUCAAUGGAAAUAUUCAACUUUGCAACUCCAUCCAAGAUUUGUGCAAGUAUUCAUGCUAUGCUAUGCUAUGCUUAGCUUAAAGUUGCUUAAAUAAUCCUGUUUCGCGUUGUCCAGAGCUUCUUGUAGACUUGUUGUGCUGUAGUUGUUCUUUACACUUUCUUCACUAAACUUUCUACAGUGCAAUAUCAAAUGCCGCACAUUCAUAACAACUCCACAACAUUGACAGGUUGGUGUGGGUUGUUAGUUCUUCAAUGUUGAAGCCCGUUGAACAGUUGCGUUCCUCUGGUAUGGUUUACCUGUACGUGUCGCAUUUAAUGUCAUGCAACUUUGUAUCUUUGUUUCCGUGUCACUGGAUAUCCCAUCGAUUUCUGGCCUCGUUUGGUAGUCAGUCAGCUUCGAUGUUCCCGGUGAUGCCGUCGUGUCCCGGGCAGAAGAAUGCGAAUUGCUUUAAAUAGGUACGUACGACUUCAUUGAUGAUAUGGCAAAACCCACGCCCUUCGCCCAUCUAUCGACCGCUUUGACGGCGGCUUAAAGUUUUCGAAGACGCUUUUGUUUCACGCACUUAUGUGUAGAAUGUCAUCGGAGUAUAGAAAUAUUUCGGUUCUUUGCGAAUAAUUCCUCCUUAUCUAGGGAGGUUCUUACUGUGGACUUUUUUAGAAAUUCAAUUCGCUUCAAAAGCUGCUGCUGGGAUUCCUCCUGAAAUUCUACCGGGAUUCAUCAGCCAGGGAUUUUUCUGGGGAUCCAUCUAAUGAUUUCUGGUACACAUCUCUAUGAAUACCUCCAGUCAUUUAUCCAAGAAUUCCUCUGGAAAUUCCUCCAGAUUAUCUCUGUAGAUUCCCUAUACGAUUUCCUCUGGAUUUCCCGGGGGUUCCUCUUGGUAAUACUAAAAGAAUGUCUUUUGGUAUUGUUUCAGAAAUUUCUCUUGUGAAUUCCUUCUGAAUUACUGCACAGAUUCUCCUAGAAAUUCUUGCUUGGAAUUCUGCUGGAAUUCAUGCUAAAACUUCUCAAGCUAUUUCUGCUGUGAAUUCUUCAGGAAUUGCUCCUGAUAUCCCCCAGAUCAUUUUUUUUAAAGAGGAAACAAAAAACAGAACAGAAAGAGGAAACAAAAAAUCAGAAGCAGUUUUCUCGCUUAAAUAUCAACCAAUGUUAGUAAAAAAUUAUCACUGCACUCUAGUCUUACUUACCUUACCAAUCAGGCUAAGGCCGGGGUGGCCUCUGCUGUACAUAGUAGCCGUUUCCAUUCCACUCGGUCCAUGGCAGUUUGUCUUCAGUUCCGUACUCUGCGUGAAAAUCGUACCACUCGUGUUAAUCCCCGCUCUCCUUAUUACACCCUCUAACGCAAUGUUGAACAGCUAGCACGAAAGACCAUCACCUUGCCGUAACCCUCUGCGAGAUUCGAAGGGACUCGAGAGUAUCCCUGAUACCGUCUACCCCCGUUGGUUUGAACGACACCUCAUGCAAUCCAACGGGGUUUCUUUUUAAUUUGUACUUCUAGUAACCCUGUGGGCAUCGAAAAACACACUGAUGGUAACCCUUUUUGCUGUUUUGUUUUGAUUCUGCGUUCCGUUUCACCCCGUUCCACGAGCAGAAUGACGUUUGAAGCAUUUUUAGUUUGAACGAUGUGCAGAUUAGAGGGGGUCAAAUUAAAAAGUGUUCAGAUUAGAUGCGGUCAAACCAACGGGGGUAGACGGUACUCGAACUACGCACAUCACUCGAUCCAUCGUCGCCUUGAUCAAUCGUAUCAGUUUAUCCGGGAUUCCGUAUUCGUGCAUAAUCUGCCAUAGCUGUUCUCGAUCGAUUGUAUCAUACGCCGAUUUGAAAUCGAUGAACAAGUGAUGUGUGGGCACGUUGUAUUCGCGGCAUUUCUGCAACACCUGUCGGAUGGCGAACAUCUGAUCCGUUGUAGCGCGUUCACCCAUGAAUCCAACCUGAUAUUGCCCCACGAACUCUCUUGCAAUCGGUGAUAGACGGCGGCUUAAAAUUUGGGAGAGUACCUUGUAGGCAGCGCUCAGUAGUGUGAUUCACUCUAGUCACCAUCUGGGUAACAGUGAAACCAUUUUCAAUUACGGUUUUGUGAUUAUGAGCAUUAAAACUGCUUUUGAAUAAUUGAUGAUUGUUGAUGACUGAAUGAAGGUUAUUUGAGCCUUAAAGGAAUUCCUCGUGGAUUUUUUUAAGGAAUUCUAUCUGGCAUCCUAACAGAGGUUUCUUCAGAGAUUUCAAUAGGAAUUCCUUCAAUGAUUCUUCUAAUUACUAAAAAGAGAUUAAUUGGGGAACUCCUCGAAAGGUUUCUACUGAACCUAUUUACAGGAUUCCACUUCCACUACCGACUACUGUCUACAGUAGACCACAAUUACUAUUAAGUUGCGAGAAGGCUGUGUUCCAAUAGGGAUGUCGUAACAAAAAAGGAGGAAAAGUUUUUUAGUUCUGCUGUAAAAUGCAAAAAAAAAAUCUCCUGUCCGUCCAAGUGAUUGUGAUACCAUUCCAUAGACACAUCAACGCGUGAAAAGUAAAAACUAAUGUGUAUUCAGCCAACACAUCAUCAACAAAAAAGCAAACUUCUCAAAUGGCGGAGAAUAAACGCCAGAAAGAAGAAGAAACAGCAGAAAAUAAACAUGUUGGUUGAGUGAAAAAAAAACUCGCUCUUGCGUGUGAUGUCAGGCCAGGCGGUUUCCAUCCGAAUCCUACCUACACUCUCUAGCCCAGCUCUACAACACACUGGCCUAUAGGAUAGGAGGCAGGCACGCUUGGCGUGUUCGCAGAAACCGGUCUGAGUCUGAGCCUGGGCAUACCACCUACCUACACACACAUCCAGUUGACGACGGUGAUGCGACCGCCUGUGGGGUGGUCGUUGGACGGGCAGCGGGUGGAAAUCGAUGGAGCGGAUUUUUCCAACCCAGUCGCAACGUUGCCACGUUUUACCACCCAUACUACGAUGCAGAGGGUCGUGUACACGACCGACCGACCGACCACCACCACCAGUUUGGCUGGGGCACGCGCAUCUGUGGAGCUGCGUCGAUGGUGUUCAAUCCGACGACGGCGGACGGGACGGGUGUUCUCGGCAGCUGCUUAUCGUGGUACAUAAGCAGCGUUGUUUCAUGGUGUAGGUAGGUGCGGACGGACGGGACCGCUCGAUCUCGAUGACGGCGAAGUGGAAUGAGAAAGGCGUGCAAGUUAUUUUUGUGGAACACUAGGCAAACGAAGAACAAGAAGACAAAAACCGGUUUAAAUCGAUUCGUGCGCGCCGCGUUGAUGAUGCUGAAGAUCGGCUGGGUCGGUUGGUCGGUGUGGAGUGGUGGUCGGUGGUGGUGCACCCCAGAAUACACAACCAAGCCAGGGCCAACUAGCAACAACAACACGAACAGCAUCAUCAGCAGCGGCACAUAUGAUUUUUCGGGACGACGACGGCGAUGCAACGUUGUCGAAUUGUUUUUGCAAGAUUGUCACUCGCGCGCGCACUCGAUGGCACAGCGGCAACGGUGUAUUUCAUGAUGGCUGUGUUUUUUCUUCAUGGAUGGUGAACGGAUUGCGAUUUUCAUCCUUUUUAGGGGCUUUUGAAAUAACUCAACGGAUGGCUAGUUGUGGUAGUAGUUUUUUUUUGUCUUACUUUAUAUGAAGCAUAUGGUUUUCCUUUCUUUGUCGACAUAAUUUGCCAAAAUCCUGCAAUUUCAAUCAAAUUAGGGUGUUGGACCAUUUUGGCAGGGAUCGUGUUUUGGACACUUUGGAAAGAUUCAGUUUAUCGUUUUUCGAGAUUUAUAGACCCCCUCCCCCUGUGACAAGCGAUUUUCCUAAACCUAAUGCACGUACUGUCACAUUUUUCUAGACCCCUCCCCAAAAUCUUGGACGUAAUUUGUGAACGUUCAUAUUCCGCAAAAACUUCAAUUUGAAACCAAAAUUUGAUGGCUUACUAAAGAUAGGUUAUGUUUAGUGAAAUCCCAUUUCGUAUUUGGUCAUUUUUCUGGAUUUUCCAAAUCACAACCAACACCCAACAAACCAACGCCACCGCCCUCCGUUUGGAACAUACAAAAUUUUAAAUUUAUAUGGACCAUAACCUUUGAUCUUAGCUUGAGUUUUGUAAUUUUUUAAUUCUAGGGUUUCAGGAAAUUCUUAGAGAAAUUCCUGGAAGAAUUCCUGCAACUUUCCUGGAGUAACUCCUUGAGGAAUUUAUGGAAAAAUAUCUGUAGGAGAUCCUGUAGUAAUUCCUGGAAUAAUUCCUAAAGUGAUACCUGGAGGAAUCCCUGGAGUAACUCCUUAAGAAAUUCCUGGAGAAAUAUCUAGAGGAGUUCAUAGAGUGAUUCCUGUAGAAAUCUCUGGAGUAGACUCGGAGUAUUUCCAGGAAGUAUUCCUGGAGGAAUUUUCGAUGAAUUCCUGGAGGAUUUUAUGGUGCAAUUCCUGAAGAAAUUUCUGUAGAAAUUUCUGGAGGAAUUCCUAAAGGUUUUUCUGUACGAAUUCCUGGAGGAAUAUUCUUGGAAGAGUCCCUGGGGAAAUCCAUGAAGAAAUUCCUAGAGAAAUUCUUUGAUUUACUACUGAGGAAUUCCAGGAGUAAUUCCUGAUGGAACGCCUAGAGUAUUUCCGGGGUGAAUUUCUGGAAGAAUGCCUAGAGGAAUUCUUGAAUGUAGGAUUUCAUGGCGGAAUUCCAAGAUGAAUCCCUGCAAGAAUUCAUAGAGUUAUAACUUGAAGAAUUUGUUGAGGAAUCCUUAGAGGAAUUCCUGGAGAAAAUACGAGAAGAAUUGCUGGAAAAACACUCGAAUUCCAACGGGAAGAAUUGCUGAAAAAAACACUCGAGCAAUCCCUAGAAAAAUUCCCGAUAGAAUCCCUUGGACAAUUCCUGAAGGAUUCUCUUGUGGAAUUCCAGGAGGAAUUACUGGAAGUAUUCCUGGUGGAGGUGAAUUUCUGGAAGAAUUACUGGUGGAGAGGCAUAUAUUAUUGGUUGUAGUAGCUUGUAGUAGAAGUCCUGGAGGGAUUCCAUCACUAACGCUGGAGAAAUUCUUGGGAUACUUCUAAAGGAAUUCCCGUGGUGCCAUGGAGGAAUCCGUGGAGAACUCCUGGACUCCAUCUCGGUAACUUCCGAAGUGAUUACUUUUGAACUGUUAAAAAUCUGGGAAGCUACUUCUGGAGGUAUUUCCGGUGAACUUUAAAUUUUUUAUAAUUCAUGGGGAACUUCAGGAGAACAUUUCUGAACCUAUUCAUGAAAGUAUCCCAGAUGAAAUUCUAGUAAAACUCCAGGAUGAAACCCAGGCGGAGCUGCUAGAAAAAUCCCAGAAAGAACUUCUGGAAGAAUCUCAAAAGAAACUAACUAACUUUUUUAGUAAAUUCCAUAGGAAACGAUUUGAGGGUUUCCAGAAGAAACUUCUAGAAGAGUCUCACUUUAAGAGAAAUCACAAAAAAGCUGGAGGAAUUCCAGACUCCUGCAGGAAUCACUAAAGAAAAUCCUGGAGGAAUUACACAUGAAACUAAUUAUGAAAUCCAAGCAGGAAUUUGUCUGAUAUCGAACAAACAUCGAAAUUUUACUAAAACUUUUCUGAAAUAAAGCUACAUUUUCAUCUAAAGAAUUGUGAAAUUGUUCAAACUUCCAGGAAAAACAAAAAAAAAAGACAACCGCUUCAUAGUGUGCGUGAGUUUCGUCAACAUAAAUUUCCGGUGCGCCGAUGCUACACAGCAAAUAAUUUUGUAAUAUCCAGUAAUUUCACUAGGUUACAUCGUUUACCAAUAAUUACCACACUCACCAUGUACACCCUGGUUGGCACCGGAAAGUAUCAACCAUAAGUGUAGAAUCAGCCUAAAUUAAAAUACACGUUAAUAAAAAUAAAAGGAAAAAUGUCAACAAACCCGUUCUAGCAGAAACCUUGAACCAGUAUCAUAUUUAUCAUCUAUCAUUUAUCUCGGUGAAAUAGCCGAGAGGUAAGGGAUAUAAUAUCUUACAAUCAACGGAUCAUUGUACGAAUCCAUGUCAUAAUUUUACUUGAUUCAUAUCAAACCGGUCCUAGCGAUUGCUGGACGCGACUGAUGUGCAACGAAAAUGAUGUGAUAUUACAAGAUUUUUUUGUUGUGUUUGUGUAGCUCGGUGAUCACGGUGUGCAGUAAGAAUGUAGCGAAACAGUCCCGUCGUGUCUCGGCUUCGGCCCCAGCCCGGACCCGGUCUCGGCCCAACGCGUGUUUUGUCUUCGUUUGCAGCCGCAAUCCGUCUUUUUACCUCAUUAGCGCACUUUACUAGAGUACCACCAAAGAAUAAAAAUAGAAAGAAUGCCAUCUCUUGCCUUUUUCUACGUAAACGUCUAAGCGUAUCAAGGUGGAAGCUCUCUGUAACAGUGUUCGUGAUUUAUCAUAAGAGAAGGCGGUGUGCGUAUGAUUUGGUAUCCGCAUACAAUUAGUAACGCACACUACCGCAUGAAAGUUGCACUUUCAUCCGCAGAUAGCGCUACGGUAGUGUCCCCCCGAGCAUCAGCGGAGUGGGCAUUCUUGAUAUUCUUAUUCUUUGGUACCACGAUAAACAAAUUCGUCCACUUUGAUGUUUUCGCCACCUAGCACUACUUCGUCACAACCGGACCGACGUUGACUUCUUAAAAGGUAUGAUCGCCUCUUCCACGACCCGACGGUCGAUCCCGAUGAUGUCAAUAUCGUCCGCGAAGCCCAGGAGCAUAUGCGACCUCGUGAAAAUGGUUCCGUUUCUUUACACACCAGCUCUCCUUAUCGCUCCUUCCAGUCAUGUCGAACAGUAAAUUCGACAUAGUAUUGCCCUGCUUCAGUCUGUCUAUAAGGUUACGAACGAUUAGGAAAUUUUAUCCACAACCCAUACACUUGGUUUCGAUCCGUCAAGCGACGCACAUUUCAGUCUAAUCAACUUCGCCGGAAAACCAUGUUCGAUCAUAAUCUGAGAGAACUCGUUUUUCUUCACUGAGUCGUACGCCGCCUUCGUCCCUCAUGAAAACUCAGUCUAAUCAACUUCGCCGGAAAACCAUGGUCGAUCAUAAUCUGAGAGAACUCGUUUUUCUUCACUGAGUCGUACGCCGCCUUCGUCCCUCAUGAAAACUCAGCCUGGUAAACAAAACUCCAGGCGAUGCCCUUUCUUGUCCAGCAACCUUGUUGUUCUUCAGUCCUCUAAU